AAAGAGACUGUACUCUUAGAACGCAGUGAAUUGGAUCUAGUGGAAGGGAGACUCCCCCAAGUCCAACGUAGUAAACCUGAGUUCAAAUUCUUCCUGAAAGAGAUACACACAUUUAGUGUUACAGGGAAUUGGAAGGAAAAAAAACUUACCUCAAGUGAAAAAAAUAACCUAUAGACAAAAAAUCCUCUAAUAUAUUACUUGACUAGGAUUUCUUUCCAAGAAGAAGAAUCAUUAAUCAACCAUAGAAUAUCUUUUCUUUCCAAGAAGAAGAAUCAACCAUAUAACAUCUUUUUCUUUUCACCCCUUCAUUUUCCCGCUCUAAGAAUACCCUCCAAGAAAACUACUCAUAAAUACACACAAACAACAACAUACUUCAUACACAUUAAUUAGUACUAUACUCCAACAUGGGAAACUGUUUGUGGGGUGCCAUGUCAGAUCCUUCCACUUUAAUCAAAGUAAUAACAUCUGAUAAUGGCAUCAUGGAAUUCUAUCCACCAAUUACAGUAAAUUUCAUCACAAAUGAGUUCCAAAACCAUGCCAUUUUCCCAAACAAUGACCAAUUUUCUAAACCACUUUGUCAAUUGGAUGAGUUGGUUGCAGGACAAUCAUACUAUUUAAUGCCACUUAACAAUAGACAAAAUGUUCAUCACACCUCAACUUCUUUCGCUGCUACCAGUAUUGAUAGCAGCACACGUAUUAUCCGACAAGGACAUGUUGAUCACUCUUCAACUUCUUCUAUCUCUGCUGCUACCAGUAGUGAUAGCAGCAGACACAUUAUUCGGCAAGGACAUGUUAGAUCUCAAAGUGUUCCUACAAUACCUCACCCUACACCACAUAGAAUGUCAUUGGAUUACCAAUACUAUCAUGGAAUUGGGUUGCUCAAAAGAACUUCAAAAGAAUCUUUAUCUUGUAGGACUAAUACAAGUAAUUAUAGGAGUGUCAACAACAACAAAAGCAUUGGUUUUUGGAAAGUGAAGUUGGUGAUAACACCUGAAAAGUUGUUGGAGAUUUUGUCACAAGAGGGUAGAACAAAGGAGUUGAUUGAGAGUGUGAGGAUUGUGGCAAAAUGUGGCGUUGCUUCUGUCGGCGGCGGUGGUGGUUGUGGAGUUUCAUCAACAACAAGCAUAGUUCCUGAUCAAUGGAGUCUUUCAAGUAGUGGUAGGAGUGCUCCUUCUAAGAUUGAUAACUUAGUUUUAGAUAUUUAGGCUCUGAUCGGUAAAAAUUAGUUGAUAUGUUAGCUGAUAGUUGAUAAGUGAUGAAGUAACUGAUAGCUUAUAUAGUUUACAUCUUAUAGCUUAGUACCAAAAGAAUUUGCAGCACCAUUUCACUUUCUUGCUUUCUUUUUCUUAGGCUUCUUAGUUUCUUUUGUUUUCUGUUGUUAUCUAUACAAGCUUUUGAAUCACGUUUGUAGUGCCAUUAUGAUGGAGAAUCAUGGUCAAAGUGUGGUUGAUUAA